CCCGGGACUGGAGCGCAGCGGCCCGAGAGGAGCCACAAGGAUGCUCAGGACUCCGAAGCUGCGGCCAGGGGUCGCGGGGACCGCCGACUGCCUUCCCCAGACCACGCCGCCGCCGCAGUCCAGGCCGCUCACUUCCUUCCUCAUCCAGGAUAUUCUGCGGGACUGCGCCGAGCGGCGCGGCGGCAGCCACACGGGCAGCCCGGAGCCGCAGCCCCAGCCGCAGCCCCCGCGCGAGCUGGCCCCGCACCAGGACCCAGACCCGGAGCCCGAGGGAGGCCGAGGCCGCGCCGGAGGCCCGGAGGACGAGCUGAGCGCCCAGCCCGGCGCCGCUCCGGGGGAGGCCGGGAACCUGGCGGAGACCGAGCCAGAUAGGCACUUUGAGACUUAUCUGUUUGACUGUGAAAACACUUCAGGCGCCUUACCAGACCUCCCGCCAACACCCAAGCAGCCACAGAAGCGCUCCCGAGCAGCCUUCUCCCACACGCAGGUCGUUGAAUUAGAGAGGAAGUUCAGCCAUCAGAAGUACCUGUCAGCCCCUGAAAGGGCUCACCUGGCCAAGAACCUCAAGCUCACUGAGACCCAAGUCAAAAUCUGGUUCCAGAACAGACGCUAUAAGACCAAGCGAAAGCAGCUCACCUCCGACCUGGGAGACCUGGAGAAGCACCCCUCCCUGCCAGCCCUGAAAGAGGAGGGCUUCAAUCGGGCCUCCCUGAUCUCCUUGUAUAACAGCUAUCCAUACUACCCCUACCUUUACUGCCUGGGGAGCUGGAGCCCGGCUUUCUGGUAAUGCUUGCUCUGAUGACAACCAUGUGUGACCAAAACCUGCCUUCCCCAGGUUCUCUCUGGGAAGCAAAAGGGGCCAGGGUUAGGGAGGACUGGGAAGCAAGAGGUGUGCAGACCAAAACUGUUGGAGGUUUGCAUGGGGAUCCAAGAUUCUUCACUGGUGGGCCAGAGAAAGAUCUGGAACUGUGAAUAUUUUAAUAUUUAAACAAUUUCCCAAACACACAAUGUAGGUCAUUUUUGCUUUUUGAAGGGGGGAGGGAUACACUCAGGUGCUGUUUCCAGCACUUUGUAUGAUCUGUUCACAUCACUUCUGGGGAUUCCAUCCCUAUGCCUUCAUCCUCUGUGUAAUUGAAUAUCGACUCUGAAAGAGCAAACCUGAAGGGAGAAAGGACAGCCAAGAUGAGAAUGUUGCCUACACUGACCUUGGAAUAUGACCAAAGUUUCUUUCUGUCUCUGUAAGAGAGAGGGAUAUAGAGGGCCUCAAAGAGAAAUUCCUCAUGCUCAGAGCAGAUUGGUGUGGGAUAUGGAAAUGAGUGGAGCACGUGGUGGCACAGUGAUUAAGAGCUAUGGCUGUGAACCAAAAGGUCAGCAGUUCGAAUCCACCAGCCACUCCUUGGAAACCCUGUGGAGCAGUUCUACUCUGUCCUAUAGGGUCUCUAUGAGUCGGAAUCAACUCGACGGCAAUGGGUUUGGUUUUUUGGUUUUUAUGGAGAUGAAAAUACCAGCUGCUGCUUAUUUCUUUUUAAAUAGUACACCAAUUUAAGUAUUUAUAGGGUGGUCCCAGGUAGAACAAGACCCACUUGCUAUGGUUUUUAAGACACGCUGUACAAACCAAAACUCCAAGUGCAAGGGUUGAGCCUCUGGUAGGAGAGCCCCAUCAUAUCCAAGGUGGGGGGCUCAAGAGGUUCUCCACUCUGCUGGGGGUAUUGCAUUUUUUUAUUGGCAAAAUGUAAAAAGGCCUCUUGUGGACCUUUUUGCUCUGGGCCUGAGAAUUUAGACUGAGAACGUUCGUGGAGUUCUCAGGCUAUAAUUCAUGCUACAUCACGACAUACCACCUAAUUUUUUUUUUUAAUUUUUAUUGUGCUUUACGGAAAAGUUUACAAAUCAAGUCAGUCUCUCAUACAAAAAUUUAUACACACUUUGCUAUAUACUCCUAAUUGCUCGCCCUGCAAUGAAUCAGCACACUCCUUCCCUCCAUUCUGCAUUUUCGAGUCCAUUCUGUCAGCUUCUGGCCCCCUUUUGCCCUCUCAUCUCCUGUCCAGACAGGAGAUGCCAACAUAAUCUUUUGUGUCUACUUGAACCAUGAAUCUCAUUUUUCACCAGUAUCAUUUUCUAUCCCAUAGUGCAGACCAAUCCGUGUCUGAAGAGUUUGCUGUGGGAAUGGUUCCUGUCUUGGGCUAACAGAAGGUCUGGGGACCAUGACCUCCAAGGUCCUUCUAGUCUCAGUCAGACCAUUAAGUCUGGCCUUUUUAUGGGAAUUUGGAGUCUGCAUCCCACUGCUGUCCUGCUCUCUCAGGGGUUCUCUGUUGUGUUCCCUGUCAAGGCAGUCAUCAGUUAUAGCUGGGCACCAUCUAGUUCUUCUGGUCUCAGGCUGAUGGAGUCUCUGGUUUAUGUGGUCCUUUCUGUCUCUUGGGCUCAUAUUUUCCUUGUGUAAAAUUUGGUAUUCUUCAUUCUCUUUUGCUCCAGGUGAGUUGAGACCAACUGAUGUAUCUUAGUUGGCCACUUGCUAGCAUUUAAGACCCCAGAAGCCACUCACCAAAGUGGGAUGCAGAAUGUUUUCUUAAUAGAGUUUAUUAUGCCAAUUGACUUAGACGUCCCCUGAAACCGUGGUCCCCAAACCCCCACGGCUGUUACGCUGGCCUUUGAAACAUUCAGUUUAUUCAGUGAGCUUCUUUGCUUUUGGUUCAGUUCAGUUGUGCUGACCUCUCCUGUAUUGUGUGCUGUCUUUCCCUUCACCUAAAAUAAUACUUAUCUACCAUCUAAUUAGUGAAAAACCUUCUCUCUCCCUUCUUCCCUUCCUCCCCCCUCUCAUAACCAUCAAAGCAUAUUUUCUUCUCUGUUUAAACUAUUUCUCCAGUUCUUAUAAUGGUGGUCUUAUACAAUAUUUGUCUUUUUGAAACUGACUAAUUUCACUCAGCAUAAUGCCUUCCAGAUUCCUCCGUGUUAUGAAGUGUUUCACGGAUUCAUCGUUGUUCCUUAUCAAUGCAUAGUAUUCAUUGUGUGAAUAUACCAUAAUUUCUUUAUGCAUUCAUGCAUUGAUGGGCACCUUGGUAGCUUCCAUCUUUUUGCUAUUGUGAACACUGCUGCGGUGAACAUGGGUGUGCAUAUAUCUGUUCGUGUAAAGGCUCUUAUUUCUCUAUCACCUAAUUCUUAACUGGUGGUAUUCCUUUAUUAUUUGUUCCUGUUUACAGAAAUCAUCCACCGAAGGGCUUCUUUUCAGUCAUACUUUUAGUCUGGCUGCACCUAGCAUAGACUUCCUUAUUUAGCCUAAGACUGUGUCUUUUUUUUUUUUUUUUUAAGCUCUGUCUCUCUAGGGUUUAAAACAGAAAAAGUAGGGAGCCAAUUUUGAAUUUGCUCUUUUUUCCUCAUUUAAAAAUACACAGCAUUAAAUUCUAAAUCCUAUUUAAAGACCUGACAGAUCUAGAAGGUCACUUACUGAUGCUUUGAUAAGACUUGCUGGUGGUUCUGUUGCUACCAUUCAAAGUCUGACAACCCUUUUUGCUUGGACUCCCUACUGGCAGAGGAGGCAAAUGACACUGGGCUCUCACACGCAAGGAACAGCGUGCAAAAUGCAGGGCCAGGUGUCAUGGCACUGUCUGGUGGAAAUAGAGGCCUCAUGGGCUGGGGAUAGACAGAAGUGCAGCCCAGGCUUUGCAGAGCGUCUUACCACCCAGUCCACGGAGAAAGCUGAAGGGGCUGAGGACUUUGCAGGGAGAGGCUAAAGAAAAGGAAACCAUUUUCAAAACACAACAUUAUUGUAGCUUCCAUCACCAAAAAAUGAAAUUGCCCAAAUGCUUUAGGAACUGUAAUGCCUACAUAUAUUUCUUAGAAGUCCUCAUUUCCAAAGUGGGUCACUAGUGGCUUCAGAGAGAAUGAGAGGGGGACAAAGGGGAAAUUUGACUGCCUUUCCAUUCUUCCCCAUCCUGUUAUCUCAGGUGACCUGGUGGUGAGGAGACCGGUUACUAAUGAGGUAGCCUAAGGCCUGGAAGUCUCUUGAUCCCACUACUUAAUUCUAUUUAGCAAGAAACAGGAUACAAUUUCCUAAUACUAAAGCACCAGUUUACUGUUGAUGGCAAAACUGCCAAAGUAAAUUGAUAAAAAGUUGGCUAGUUUCACCCCAUUUUCUAUGGUUUGGGCUCCACAUUGAAAUAUUGUCAAAAGCCAUGUACUUUCGACAGCCACCACCAUACUAGUUGGCACAGAAGGCAGGAGAGCUUAAACUGCUUUCUCCUUUUUCAUGUGUCUUUCCUAAGUGCUUUAAUACUCACUCUCUACUCACUACCCGUUCCCUCCCCAAGUCUCUGAAUUUAAUUCAUUCUUCCUGAAAUUCCAUGUUAGACAUUUUACUGUGAUGUUGCCUUGCCCCCCUCCAAAAGUCUUUGUUUAAAAUUUUUUUCUUUCAUUGAAUUAGUUACUGAGUCAUAUCUUACCUAGUCAAAAAAAAUUUUGAAGAACUAGUGUAUCAGUAUCUGACAGAUGCUGGACAAUGUCCUCCACCAUCUCACCCAGACAGCCUGCUUCAGUUCUGUUUCAUAGAUUAGUUUGGGUUUCCCACAUGCAUAGCAAAUCCUGCUCCAAUCUGUAAUGUUAAAGCCUUGACUUGAAGUUUAGUAAAGUAGCCCCAACCAAACUUUAUUUUUCUAUGUAUUUUUUGCGACAUACUAGUGUUUUUAAAAUAAAGUACUGUGUC